AUGGAUUUAGAUUUUAUAUUAAAUGUGAUUUCUGAUGGCCCAACAAAAUCUUAUGCUUAUAGACGCUUACAAUACCUGGAAAGAAGAUAUUCAGCUGAAUUAACCAAAGUUAUUGCAAAUUUGAAGUCAAGUAAAUAUCAAAUGGCUGAAUAUCGAAUCAAAAUCGGAAUGGAGCAAACUUGCAAAAUGGUGGUAAACAACGAAAUAUUUUCGCCAAAUGUCAGAUGGUUGAUUCAAAUGCCUAGACUUUAUAGUGUCUAUAAAAAUACUAACACUGUUGAAAGUUUCGAAGAUUUACAAGAAAAAUCUCGAGCUACACAUAUUUUACAACGUGCAAUUGGAUUUAUCAGUGUGGAUGACGAAUCAAAAGCAGAAAAACUUAUUCACAAAAAAUAUCCUGCACCAGAAUAA